GGUCCUGCGCGCAGUUGGCGCGGCCGAUGCGCAGGGCCGGAGGGUGAGAGCGCGGCGGGGCGUGGACUGCGCUGGCACCUCUAAGAUCCGGCCCUGGGAGGCAGAGGGACCGCCGCGAUGCCGGAGGAAAAUAUUUUCCUGUUCGUGCCUAACCUCAUCGGUUAUGCCCGGAUUGUCUUCGCCAUCAUUUCUUUCUACUUCAUGCCCUGCUGCCCCCUCACGGCCUCCUCCUUCUACUUGCUCAGCGGACUUCUGGACGCUUUCGAUGGAUAUGCUGCUCGAGUCCUUAAUCAAGGGACACGGUUUGGGGCCAUGCUGGACAUGCUGACAGACCGUUGCUCCACCAUGUGUCUGCUCGUCAACUUGGCCCUGCUCUACCCUCGAGCCACCCUUCUCUUCCAGCUCAGCAUGAGCCUGGAUGUGGCCAGCCACUGGCUGCACCUCCACAGCUCUGUGGUUCGAGGCAGUGAGAGUCACAAGAUGAUCGACCUGUCUGGAAACCCAGUGCUCCGCAUCUACUACACCUCCAGACCUGCUCUCUUUACCCUGUGUGCCGGGAACGAGCUCUUCUACUGCCUCCUCUACUUGUUCAAUUUCUCCGAGGGACCUUUAGUUGGUUCCGUGGGUCUUUUCCGAAUGGGCCUCUGGAUCACCGCACCCAUUGCCUUGCUCAAGUCCCUCAUCAGCGUCAUCCACCUGAUCACAGCCGCCCGCAACAUGGCUGCCCUGGAUGCAGCAGAUCGUUCCAGGAAGAAGUGAUCCUGGAACCUCCAGCCCCUGGUGUCCUACCUGCCCUGGGAGUCUGGCUUAGCCACGUGGCUCCCUUCUCCCUCUGGGAGUUCCCAGGCCCACAUCUUCCUACUGUGUUGUCCAGCCUGCUGGGAAGGGGUCAGCCUCUUCCGUGAUGUCAUGUUCUCCGUGAUCCUGCGGACUGGUCCCACCCUGUGAUCCCCGAGGACCUGGACUUAAGAUCAGGAAGGAUACUCAGGUGGCCCCGCCCAUGCGAGCAGUGCUCCCAGGGUGCCAGGAGGCCUGAGGACUGGGCAUUGUCUCUCCGCUGGCUCAAUCUUGGGGUCUGGUUUGGCCCAAGACUUUAAGACCCUUGGGAAAGGGAGGUAGGGUGGGGCCAGGUUUCCCAAAAGGAGGGGACCUCUGUCCCUGGCCAGAGGAAGCCUAGGUGCCAUACCUUGGAGAGAAGGGGCUGUGUAGAUCCUUCCGCAUUGCCAUCUCCUGUCUGUCUUGGCACAAUAAAACCUGGGCUUCACUCUUUUGCACUUGGUUUCCUUUGAGAAACUCUUGGACCAGGGCCUAGGUGAAGGGGAGCUUGGAGAAAAGGAAGAUCCAUCUGGAUACUUUUUCCCCUUUGUACUGACUGGCUCCUUCCCAUCAUCCCACAGAGAGAGGCCUCUCUGCUACCAAGCUCAUGCCAUGUCCUCUUGGCCACCUGCUUUAUUUUCUAUUCGACCCUGUCACUGGCUGUCCACGUGUAUUCAUAUAUCUGAUAUUUUCUGUCCACACAAGACUGUAAGUUUCACCAAGGCACAGACGUUUCUCAUUCCUUCUCUAGCCCUACAAUGAAGAGUAAUCUUAACCUGGCAUAGAGUAGCUGCUUAAUAAAUAUUCACAAAUAGAUCAAUUCGUUUCUCAGAGUGCAGUCCUUAGACCCCUGUAGCAUGUUUCUUAAAAUUCAGCUUCUUGGCUGCUGUGCCAGACCUGUCACCCUGUGUGGAUCAGCUCAGAAAUGUGCAGUCUUAAUAGAUUCCAGGUGAUCGAUCUCUCCCCAUUGAGAAUGGAUGUCCAUUCUUAAAAUCGUCGGAACUCCGCUAUACCAAAUACCCCUAUAGGGAACACCCCUAUAAACAUCACUCUGGGCUUCUGUCCCUAACAACCCUACCAUUUGAGUUUUCUCUGUCUGACACCAGCAUUCUUUUUAAAACUAUCUUGGGCCUGCCAUAUGCCAGAUUCCAUGCUGAGCCUUCAUGGCAGAUGUUACUCAUUUUAUCCUCAUCAUAGCUUAGCCAGGAGGCCCUCAUGUCAGGAAAAGCUGCACAUUGGGCCACUCCUAUGCCAGUCCCCGGGGGACUCUGGUCACCAGGGCUACGGCUUCCCAGCCCUCUUGAAGGUUAUGGGGCAGGAAUGGGAGGUGCUUGUUGGGAAGAUGGAAGCAGAAAGUGCUGUGGCACUGCACUUAGGUUUUGGUGAAGGAGUGGGUAUUUUAGGUAGGCAGCUGGAAGAGAUGGAGCGGGCAGAGGAGAGGAUUGAUUCUCAGCCCAGGGAGCGGGGGAGGCCAGAGAGUACCCUAGGCAUUUUCAGAAAUGAAAAUAGAAAUAGAUCGAUGUGGCUGGAACAUUCUGUGCUGGAGAGCUGGUGAGAUGAGGCAGAAGCUGCUAGGAUGGAUGAGUCCUGUGGGAUGUUUGGCCUUUGUCCUGAGAGCCACUCAGAGCCACCAAAGAAAUCUUUUCAAAAUAAUAGGUGAAAUAUUCACAUGGUAAAAAAAAUUUCAGUUGUACACAUUAUAAAAAGAUGGCAAAGUCUCUUGUCACCUCCAGGUCACAGUUCUCCCCAGAGGCAACCAGCGCUGCUCAUUGCUUAUGUGUCUGUCAAAAUAAAUUCUUCAGGGCUAUGCAUAUAUAUAUUUCA